AAGAGAGGAGUGUGUGUUCCAUCUAUUCUUAGAGGUAAAUCAAACAUCAGUAGCACCAGACAGGAAUAGUUCAUUUUUGUAUGAGAGUUUUCGUAUGUCCGUGACCUUGCCCCAAAUACCAUCCCAUGACAGGAACGGAACCCUGUAAUCUCGGAUAGAAAUAGAUUUGCCCUCUGGUUUAAGGGAACCAAGAUAGAACAAACCUAUGCUGAGCUGAGCUUUUCAGGAUGCUAGACAAUAAAUCCAUAAUGAUUUCUGUUUCAGACAGAUGUUUCUUGACACACACAUACUCACAGACCCCCGCUUCCUUCGCAAACUUUUUAUUAAUGACUUCCCAUGGUGGACGUGGUGAGUGUGAUAUGACAGUGUUUCCUGUUGUACUUGAAAUAAUCACAGAUGCUCUUUACAAAACUGCAUAAGACACACACAAUUCCCACAUCAGUUCUCAGAGAAACAUUCCCUGCGUUGAAGAGUUUGGAGGAGCGCUGCCAGCGGAUCCUGCAGGAUAUGGAGGGGUCUUUGACAGCUAGGGACCGGGUGGGCAUUCAGGACUUUGUUCUCCUGGACGCCUACACCAGUGAGACAGCAUUUAUGGACAACCUCAGAAAACGGUUUAAUGAGAACCUCAUAUAUACCUACAUUGGGACCCUCCUGGUGUCAGUUAAUCCAUAUAAGGAGUUGGGUAUCUAUACCAAGAAACAAAUGGACAUUUAUAUGGGGGUCAACUUUUUUGAGCUGCCUCCUCAUAUCUUUGCACUUGCUGACAAUGUUUACCGGACAAUGAUUAGUGAAACCAACAACCACUUCAUCCUCAUUUCUGGUGAAAGUGGCGCUGGCAAGACAGAGGCCUCUAAGAAAGUCCUGCAGUUUUAUGCAGUGUGCUGUCCUAGCACUAGACUCUUGGACAAUGUGAGAGAUCGGCUCCUACUUUCCAAUCCAGUGCUGGAGGCUUUUGGAAAUGCCAAAACCCUGAAAAAUGACAACUCGAGUCGAUUUGGAAAGUACAUGGACAUACAGUUUGACCAUCAGGGAGCAGCAGUUGGUGGCCACAUCUUAAGCUACUUACUGGAGAAGUCAAGGGUGGUCCACCAAAAUCAUGGAGAAAGGAACUUCCACAUCUUCUAUCAGUUAGUUGAGGGAGGGGAGGAUGAGCUUCUUCGCUGGCUUGGCUUGGAGCGAAACUGUCAGAAAUACCGCUAUCUUAUUCAGGGAGAAUGUGCCAAAGUGAGCUCCAUCAAUGACAAGAGUGACUGGAAAACUGUACAGAAAGCUCUUACUAUCAUUGAGUUUAGUGAAAAGGAUAUAGAGCAUCUGUUUGCAAUUAUUGCCAGUGUCCUUCAUCUCGGCAAUGUUCACUUUGAGGCCAGUGCCCAUGGUUAUGCCACAUUAAACAGCAGUGCGGAAGUACACUGGUUGUCAAAGUUAUUGGGCAUCCCCUCAAACAUCUUACAAGAGGGUUUAACUCACAGAAAGAUUGAAGCCAAAGCAGAAGAGGUUCUAAGCCCUUUCACCGCUGAACAUGCAAAGUAUGCCAGAGAUGCACUAGCCAAAGCCAUCUAUGGACGCACAUUCACAUGGCUUGUUAAUAAGAUUAAUGAAUCGUUGGUAAAUAAGGAUUCAACAAGAAAGACGGUGAUUGGACUGCUUGACAUCUAUGGAUUUGAAGUGUUUGACGUGAACAGUUUUGAACAGUUCUGCAUAAACUUCUGCAAUGAAAAGCUUCAGCAACUUUUCAUCCAGCUCACCCUCAAAUCAGAGCAGGAGGAGUAUGAGAUGGAGGGAAUCGAGUGGGAGCCAGUGCCAUACUUUAACAACAAGAUCAUCUGUGACCUGGUGGAAGAGAAACAUAGAGGCAUCAUAUCAAUACUGGAUGAAGAAUGUUUGCGUCCUGGAGAAGCCACAGAUUUCACAUUCCUGGAGAAGCUAGAGGAGAAGAUGUGCGGUCACCCUCAUUUUGUCACGCACAAGUUGGCUGACCAGAAAACAUGCAAAACCCUUGAAUGAGGUGAUUUUCGUCUGCUACACUAUGCCCGAGAGGUUACUUACUCAGUUGUUGGAUUUAUUGACAAAAAUAAUGAUCUUCUGUACAGAAACAUUAAAGAGGUCAUGCGACAGUCUAAGAACAGUAUUAUACAGCAUUGCUUCCAUACUAUUGAACCUGACGGCAAGAAAAGACCUGAGACGGUAGCCACCCAGUUUAAGAGCAGCCUUGCAGGCCUCACUGAAAUCCUCAUGACCAAGGAUCCAUGGUAUGUGCGGUGUCUGAAACCCAACCACUGUAAGCAGCCAGACCGCUUUGAUGAUGUCAUGGUGAGACAUCAAGUCAAGUACCUGGGGUUAAUGGAGCACCUGAGAGUCAGGCGUGCUGGGUUUGCUUAUAGGAGAAGAUACGAGAUCUUCCUGAAAAGAUAUAAGGCUCUAUGUCCUGACACAUGGCCACACUGGAAGGGGACACCAGCAGAGGGAGUACAGCGACUCAUCAAACACCUUGGCUACAAACCAGACGAGUACAAGAUGGGAAGGACAAAAAUCUUCAUUCGCCAUCCCAGGACUCUUUUUGCCACUGAAGAUGCGUUUGAGAUCUGCAAGCAUGAAUUGGCCACAAGAAUCCAGGCCAAAUACAAAGGCUAUAGGGUAAAAGGAGAAUACCAGAGGCAGAGGGAAGCAGCUACCAAGAUUGAGACAUGUUGGCGGGGCCUUCAGGCCAGAAGAGAAAGGGAAAGGAGAGCCUGGGCUGUCAAAGUCAUCAAGAAGUUUAUUAAGGGCUUCAUGAACAGGAAUCAGCCUGUCAGCAUGGACAACUCUGAUUAUCUGGCCUUUGUCAGACAGAGCUACCUCACUCGACUCAAAGACAAUCUGCCAAAAUCAGUAUUGGACAAAACCAUCUGGCUAACUCCUCCACCCAUAAUGCAAGAGGCCUCAGUGCUCUUGCGUAAGUUGCACACACGUCUCCUCGUACGGAAGUAUGUUCGAGGGAUCAGUGCACAGCAGAAGGUGCAGCUGCAAAUUAAAGCACUGACCAGUGACAUAUUCAAAGGCAGAAAAGAGAACUACCCUCAGAGCGUAUGCCAACCCUUCGCUGACACUAGAAUAAGUGAACAAGACAUAAACAUCAAAGUCUUGCAGCUGAUUUGUCCUGAGGGCAUUAAGUACAGUGUUCCAGUGAUUAAGUAUGACAGGAAUGGCUUUCGGCCACGUUUCAGACAACUGAUCUUCACUCAGGCCGCUGCGUAUCUGGUGGAAGAGGCCAAAAUCAAACAGAGGGUGAAUUACAGUUCACUAAAAGGGGUGUCUGUCAGCGAUUUAAGUGACAACUUCCUGAUUCUCCAUGUCACUUGUGAUGACACAAAGCAAAAAGGGGACCUGGUCUUGCAGUGCAGCUAUCUAUUUGAGGCACUGACAAAAAUCUGUGUAGUGACAAAAAACCACAAGCUCAUCAAAAUUGUUCAAGGGAGUGUGAGGUUUGACAUCCAGCCUGGCAAAGAGGGCUUUGUUGAUUUUAAGAGCAGCAGUGAAUCAAUGGUCUACAGAGCCAAAAAUGGACACUUGAUGGUGGAAUCUGCACGGACAAAAUCUCGAUGAUGAAGUUUUACCUCACAAACCUUCUCCACAAUGGCCCGAUUAAUGCAUUUCAUUUGAGUUUAUUAAACACUUUAACUUACCCUAAAAUAACCUAUAGUAUGGUGUUUUCCAAUGGCCCCAAGACAUGAAAUGAGUGUUUAAGAUUACGGAGACAAAAUGUGUACUUUCAGUGAACUCCAGAACCAGGGUUGGGAAAUACUGCUCUAUGAUAUUAAUGUGUGAAUUCAAAGGACAAAUCAUGAAAUAUCACUGCAAUUUAUUUAGAAAGAGGAAAGGAAAACAAACAAAACUGGUGUAUUACAGUAGUUUGAAUUUUAUUUGUUUUGUUUGUUAAAUUCUGUAUUUUAGUCAUUUACUGUACAUUUUCUUUGAUGUGUGUUUUAUAAGCCCAUGUUUUAUUAUAAAUAUCCAAUGUGUCAUGAAAAUGAGUGUGUUGAAUUGUGCGCUAACUGUGCUUUUUUUUUUUUUUUGAACAAAAGAAGUACUUUUUAAUCCAUGAAAAUCUUAAACGGUUACUGUUUAGCAAAACCUUGCAUAUGCACCAGUUACUUAGUCAAACAAAUGUAAAUGUUGUUGGUGCAUUUUGUUAUGUCUCCAUUACUGCCAAAACCAACAUAAUGCAUGCCAUCUUUUGCUUUGCACUAACAAACAAACAAACAAA